CGAAAAUAUUCACCCGCAUUUAAAAUGGACACUUAUCAGGGAAAUUGAGCCCCGCUCUUCCGCUUCACCUACAUUUUCCUACUUCCUGUAUCAUUACAUUGCAUCUUCAAUGACGGCAAUGGCUUUGUCUUCUUCAGCGACAUUUCUUCCUUUUAAUCGCAUUUCAAGUGGGGCGAAGCGACUGGUUAAAUUUUAUCCCAUCUCUCAUAGGUGGGGCACCCUAAACUCGCCAAGGAGACGAUUGCGAUUUGUAGCUUCGGCUGCACUUCGGAGGAAUGAAGGCGCUGCUGAGAUAUCUCAAGGGGAGACACCACCUCGGAUUUAUACAUGGCCUCAUAACAAGCGGCCACGAGUGUGUAUCCUAGGUGGUGGAUUUGGAGGCUUAUAUACUGCUUUACGAUUAGAAUCACUUGUAUGGAGUGAUGACAAGAAACCUCAGGUGCUUCUUGUUGACCAGUCUGAACACUUUGUUUUCAAACCGAUGCUAUAUGAGCUUCUGUCUGGAGAAGUGGAUGCAUGGGAAAUUGCUCCUCGAUUCUCAGAUUUGCUUGCAAACACUGGUGUGGUGUUUCUGCAGGACAAAGUAAAAUUAUUACAUCCCUCUGAUCAUUUAAGCAUGAAUGGAUCACCAGGAUCUAGUUGUGGUGGAACUGUGCUUCUUGCAAGUGGCCUCCUUAUUGAAUAUGACUGGUUGGUUCUUGCUUUGGGAGCUCAAGCUAAACUUGAUGUUGUUCCUGGUGCAGCAGAGUUUGCAUUUCCAUUCUCCACCUUGGAGGAUGCAUAUAUGGUUGACAAUAAACUAAGGGCAUUAGAGAGGAAGAAUUUUGGUAAGAACUCUUUGAUUAACGUGGCUGUUGUGGGUUGUGGUUACUCUGGAGUUGAGUUAGCUGCGACAGUGUCAGAGAGACUGAAAGAUAGAGGUGUGGUCCAAGCAAUUAAUGUAGAUACCACUAUCUGCCCAACUGCCCCUUCUGGCAAUAGAGAAGCUGCACUUAAGGUUCUUCAAUCCAGGAAAGUUCAACUUUUAUUGGGUUAUUUUGUUCGCUGUAUAAGGGUAGCGGAUAACUUGGAAACUUCAGCAAAACCAACAGAUAAUAGUGCAGUCAAGGACAUAGCAACACAACAUAGUGCUGAGAAAUAUUAUUUGGAACUUCAACCUGCUAAAAAGGGAUUACAAAAUCAAAUUAUUGAAGUUGAUCUUGUAUUAUGGACAGUUGGAUCUAAACCAUUGGUUUCUCAACUAGAAUCAUGUCGUCAGCCCUUUGAGCUGCCCCUAAAUGCCCAAGGACAAGCGGAGACUGAUGAAACGUUGCGAGUUAAGGGUCAUCCUCGGAUAUUUGCACUUGGUGACUCUUCUGGUCUUAGGGAUUCGAGUGGAAGACUUUUGCCAGCAACUGCUCAGGUUGCCUUUCAGCAAGCAGAUUUUACUGGUUGGAAUCUUUGGGCAGCAAUCAAUGACCGUCCCUUGUUACCAUUCAGGUUCCAGAAUCUAGGUGAAAUGAUGACUCUUGGAAGAAAUGAUGCUGCUCUUUCGCCGAGCUUUAUUGAAGGGCUAACAUUAGAGGGUCCCAUUGGUCAUGCUGCAAGGAAAAUGGCAUACUUGAUUAGAUUACCUACAGAUGAACACCGGCUUAAAGUGGGAAUCAGCUGGCUGACAAAGUCUGCUAUAGAUUCAGUUGCAUCAAUACAAAGCAACCUUACUAGGGUUCUUUCUGGCAUGUAGGCACAGUUUUUGUGCUUGUCUGAUUCUCAUAAACUUGUAUAUUGAAACAUUAUAAAUAACGUAACUUUUCCCAUUGUUAUUGUAUAUAUAUACAUGUAUAUAUAUGUGUGUGUAAUCUUGGAAAAUGAGAAUGAUCAGUCUGAUACAUGUAUAUAUAUGUGUGUGUAAUCUUGGAAAA